CGACUUCGUAUUAGUCUCCGCCAUAGUAGACGAGGAAACAAGCACAAGCUCUCUCUCUCUCUCUCGAGCUUUAACAUUACGAACAGUUCCUCUCUCUCUCCGACACCCACUUCGUCGGUUCGUCCCUCUCACAUUAAUCAACCAGAAGAAGAUAGAUCAUUGAUUCUCUCAUCAUUCCAGUAUCUCAAGCGACGGAGAGAGUCCCUUUCUUUUUUCCCUGCAAUGGAGGUGACGGCGAGGGCCCCCGGCAAGAUCAUCCUCUCCGGCGAACACGCGGUCGUCCACGGAUCCGCCGCCGUCGCCUCCUCCAUCGACCUCUGCACCUCCUGCACCCUCCGCUUCCCCUCCCAGACCGAGAAUGAUGGUAACCUUAAGCUCCAGCUCAAGGACUUGUCGUUGCAGUUCUCUUGGCCAAUUGAAAAGGUUAAAGAAGUCCUAGGGGAAUCAAAUAAUGUCGACUGUUCAAAGCCCAUUUCGCCCGGUUCACUCUCGUCAAAGUUGCAAGCUUUAGUUGAAGAACUGAAUAUUCCCGAGGCAAAAAUUGGACUUGCUUCCGGAGUAGAAGCUUUUCUCUGGCUUUACACCUGCAUUCAAGGAUUCAAACCUGCAACAGUGAUUUUUGCUUCUGAACUCCCAAUAGGCUCAGGCUUGGGAUCAUCUGCCGCAUAUUGUGUUGCUCUGUCAGGAGCAUUGCUUGCUUUGUCUAGCAGCGUAAAAGUAGAUGUAAGCCAGCAAGGCUGGCAGGGAUUUGAGGACGAUGAGCUCACGUUGCUGAACAACUGGGCUUUUGAAGGCGAAAAGAUAAUUCACGGAAGACCUUCAGGGAUUGACAAUACUGUCAGCACUUAUGGAAACAUGAUAAAGUUCAAGUCAGGGAAUUUGACCCGUAUCACAUCGAGCUUGCCUCUCAGAAUGCUUAUCACUAACACAAAAGUGGGGAGGAACACAAAGGCUUUAGUUGCUGGCGUUUCCGAGAGAGCCAAGAGGCAUCAUGAUGUCAUGACUUCUGUGUUCAGCGCUGUUGACUCUAUCAGCAAUGAACUUUCGGAAAUCAUCCAAUCACCUGCUCCCAAUGACCUUGCCGUGACGGAGUUUGAGGAAAAGGUUGGUGAGUUGAUGGAAAUGAAUCAAGGUUUACUCCAGUGCAUGGGGGUUAGUCAUGCCUCCAUUGAGACAGUUCUUCGGACAACUCUCAAGUACAAGCUGACUUCCAAAUUAACUGGAGCUGGGGGUGGAGGCUGCGUGCUCACAUUGCUGCCAACCCUGCUAUCAGCUAACGUUGUGGACAAAGUCAUAGCGGAGCUCGAGUCAUGCGGGUUCCAGUGCCUGAUCGCCGGGAUCGGCGGGAAAGGAGUCCAGGUUUGCUUCAAUAUUUCAUCAUGAUCCUGUUAACCCGGUAAAAGGAAGAGAUUACCAAUCCAAUUGUAAGUCUCCUGCUUCAUAUGGUUUGUAUGUUUAACUUAUUCAUAGAUCAAGUGUACUAUUGCAAUCGAAAAGAUACCUUCAGUCUGGCUGUAUCAAAGACAGAAGUUUAUCAUAAUGCACAUCAAUCUUGUGCAAUUGGUUCAACAACAUUAUCUGUUCGUCGCCUUUCAUUGGUUUGACUACGGUGAAUGUUAAAUCAUUGUGCCGGUUUGACUG